AACGUAGGUCCGGUGUGUAGUGUGACGUUGGACUUCAGCGUACAUACUUGCCCGCUGAAAUGAUCAACCUCUCCAAAUCAUAUGUCUUCAGCUAACAAAGCGGCGGACUUAAGGAAACAAACACAAAAGACAAUUACGUCGUAUUGCUGUUAGACAACUCCAUGAUGUUUUCGUUUAGAGAAACGUGCCAGUCUUAGCCCAAAGCUUCCUGUUUCUGUGUCCUCGCUGAAUGUUCCUCCAUCGGUGACCGCCAUGCGUUUCAACGAGAAGGAGCUGGUGAGCCUGAGCCGCCAGCCGGCGGAGAUGGCGGCUGAACUGGGGAUGCGGGGACCCAAGAAAGGAGACGUCAUGAAGAGGAGGCUAGUGAAACUAGUCGUUAACUUCCUCUUUUACUUCCGGACUGAUGAGGAUGAGCCAAUCGGAGCUUUGCUGUUGGAGCAGUGCAGGGUGGAGAGGGAGGACAAGCAGACUUUCUCUAUCGUGUUUCUAGAUGAAGCAGAGAGGAAGUACCUGUUUGAAUGUAACUCUGAGGAGCAAUGUGGGGAGUGGAUAGACUCAAUUAUAAAAGCGAGUUAUGAGUUUAUGAGGAAAAACCUUAUAUUCUAUCGAACUGAAAUCCACAGACUUACUGGAAAGGACCCAUUGGAACAAUAUGGUAUAUCUGAUGAAACCCGCUUCCAGGUGAGCAAUGGUCUACACCUUGGGUCUAGAGAUGCAUCCUCCUUGUAGACCUGUGUUCAGAUUAUUUUCAUUUGAGAACCUACCAUUCCAACAUGUGUUUCACACUGGUUUUAGAACCGCACCAUUACUCUUAAAGCUUCAGUUUUGUUUUUCAUUUCUUUUUUUUUUGUCUAAGAGGUGCAAAGAUCACAUAACAUGGUUUCUUACGACAUGUAAAAUUACAACUCAAAUCAUAUGUAUUUUAUGAUUGUCAGGUAAUGAUGGGUUUUUGUAAAACUAAGCACUUUUAAAAUAUAUUUUUAGAGGAUAUAACAUACCUUUUUAUGUCUUAUUUUCAGACUUCUGCCUUAGUUAAUAAGUGAUCUGUAAACAUGUUUUUAUAGUAUGAUUUUUAUCUGGAACGUUCAUUAGAUUAUAUUGAGAGGCUGUGAUUGGGUGUGUGGCUUUCAUUCUGUGAGUGUUUAGUUUCAAUCUAGCACAUAUAAACAUUUGGCGUACACCAAAUCAAAUCUGACAAAAUACUUUUUAGUUUUAUUUUUUUGAGAAACUUACAAUCUGUACCUUGCUUAAGUUGCAAAAACUAUAGCAGAAUAAUUGCUGAUUUGAACUUCACAAAGCAUUUGACCUGCUGAGUUGAGCCACAAAAUGAAAAAAUGUUUUCAGCUGUCCUUGUCCUGUUUUUAUUUACCGUGUAACCUAUGUAGACUGUUUUUUUAAACUAUCCUUUUGCACAUGUUCCUGGGUGUUGAGGGUUCAUUUUUAAUAGAAUUGCAGUAAUUUACUUGAACCUUUUAUCUACCUUUUUUGUGUCGCUGUGAAUGAAAUUCUUUUGGGUAAAUUGUUGGACCACAUAAGGAAAACACUCUUGUCUCUUGAUUCCUUAAACAUUAAACAUGACAUUUGCAACAUUUCAGAAAAGAGAACAUUUUGCUCUCAGCCAUAUUUCCCCAUAAGGUUUGCUACGUCAUACAUGGUGAAAUAUUGCUUAGUCAAGAAACGUGUCAUUGAAUGUGUUUUUGUUUUAAAAAUGUUGCACAUAGAAAAUGUUUAGUCUCCUUUUACUUUUCACUGUCAUCCUUUUUUUUUUUUCUUUUUCAAUUAAUAAAUCAAUUUAAA